AUGAUGUGCGAUGUAAUGCCGACCAUCUCUGAGGAUGGCACUAAUGACAGAGACUCCCAGGAUUGUGGGGAGGACUCUAAUUUUGAACAGUUGAUGGUGAACAUGUUGGAUGAAAGGGAUAAGUUGAUGGAAACACUUGGUGAAACUCAGGAAGCUUUAUCUCGGAGCCAAGCCAAGUUAAUGGAAGUUGAGAAAGACAGGGGAUAUCUGCAAAAACAGUUGCAAAUGACAACACCUCAGGAAAAUAUUCCCCUACACUCCAGAAUAUUAAACUAUAAAAUAUUCAAUUUAAACUCUUGUUCAUUUUGA